GGAGUCUGGUUUGGGUUUGAUUUGUUCGGCAGGAAGGUAAUUUGCCCUAGAUUUAUUUUAUUUUAUUUUAUUUUUUUGGCAUGGACUAUGAUCCCGCAACCCUGCGAAGCCCCGGGAUACUUCCUCUUACUACUGUCGGCAAGAUUUUAGGUGUAUAUCCGGGCAUAUGCGUGUUUGGCGCUAUUUUGGCAGGUUUCUUGAUAGGAGAAGAGGGCGCUUUUUCAUCCGGCGCUUUGGAUCCUUGUUCCUUAGCCGCUCUUCUGCCUGUGGAAUGCUUGUAGGAUGUGGUUUAUUGGAAUUGUUGCUAGUCUGAUACCAUUUGUGUUUUGGGGGUUUUUAUAUUAUUAUUGGACUUUAUUUUC